AUGUGUUUUUGGUUUCUUGUAGUAGAAGAAAGAAACGAAGAUGAAGUCAUUGAUGGCAACAGAAAACGUUUGAAACCUGGAAACGUAUCUCCACGCCGCCCUGUCCCAUUCAAUAUAAACAAACCUCCUUAUGUUGAGUCUUUUACAGUCCCUGGAAUCUCAAGUGGACUCCAGAUUCAUGACAAGAAAGGUAUAGAGAGCAUGAGAGCUUCUGGGAGACUUGCUGCUAGAGUUCGUGAAUACGCUGGCACUUUGGUUAAGCCAGGUGUGACCACUGAUGAGAUUGAUGAAGCGAUUCAUAAUAAAAUUAUAGAGAAUGGAGCUUAUGUUUCCCUAAAAUGUCUUUUACUUGUGAAUCCUAAAAGCAACAUUGAUGCCACAGUUUAUUUAAACGGUUAUCGCGGUGAUACUUCAGCUACUUUCUUCUGUGGAGAUGUCGACGAGAAAGCUAAAAAGCUAUUCCAGGUGACAAAGGAGUCUCUAGAGAAAGCGAUAUCUAUAUGUGGACCUGGAUUUGAGUACAAGAAAAUCGGCAAAACCAUUCAUGGCAGGUUGUUCACUAACUGCAACUGGUUUCUAGAAAAGGGAGAUAAUACAAUUUAA